CUAAAUGCGUGGGGGUCUUAUGGCCUCAAGAAUCCUACAUUAAUCUUCAACUACUGCACUCUUUGGAAUGAUGAGGAGGGUACUUUGAUUCAGGGCACGGCUCCUUCGGAACUCACGCGCCAUUUCUCUCCGCUUCUGCAGUUGGGUAGCGUUUACUUCGUGAGCAAUUUUCGCGUCAAGCCACCGGCCCCUUCGUAUCGUUCUUGCUCUCAUAAGUUGACCAUCAUCCUCUCUGCCGCUACACAGUUCGAAGACGUGACCCGUUCGUCACCUUCAUUCUGGCCGGAUGCGUUCGAAUUUACCCCGUUCAGCUCGCUUCAUUCCCGCAUACGUUCAUCGGUU